AAUCGCACAUAGACACACACAAUGAAAAGACUAGGCGGGUUGCUGUUCACCCUGUUAGCCAUCAUGGCGGUCGCGUCGGCGCGUGUCUUGUCGAAAAUGGAAGCUGCUUUACUGAAACUUGACAUCAGCUCUCAGGUUAUUUGUUUGGAAUACGAAAGAAAACCAACCAACAACUGCGCUUGGGUGGCGGGACUCAAUAUCUUCGCCGAUCAGCUGAUUGACGGAGGUAAAAUCAUCGCCUACAAAAUCCAGUGGAAGAGUCGUCGAUGGUCGACCUGGUACGUCCCUGGCAUCAACGACAUCUCUAGGACCUACAACCCCAGCGACCACGACUGUGACACCCUGGCCUUGAAGGCUAACAGCAUGAGGAGAAUGUGGUCGUUGUUCUACGACCACACGCACGUCUACAUUAUCUGUAAGCCCUGAGUGAUGGGUAUAACAGUUUAGGUGAUGAAUCGGAUACCCAAUGGGAACCAAUGUCUCGACUGGAUAUAUAUACCAUGUGAUGCCAUAAAAUGACAAUGCGUCAUUGUUAAAAAAAGACAAAUGACACAGUAUCAAUCAAACUAUGAUUUUGAGUGAAAGCUGAUUUACACACGUGAAUAAAUAUGAAAUAGAUAAAACCAUUUGGUUUGCACAAUAUGGUGAAAUUAGCAAACGAUAAGCAAGACAGGUGGCGGCACCUGGUCCUGUGUAUAGCGCACUGGUUACAAAUCAGAGGCAGGUUGCGGAGAGUAGGUGGAUGAGUAACAUGUUCAACAUCUUGACUCCUGAGUGUUUCUAGAGCUUCGCUGAAACACGUGACAUCUAGUUGUCUCCUUAGGCAACUGACUUUGUUCUUUAUAAGCCUCUGUUCACCAAGUUAUCAAUGGGUACCCGGAAGGAUGAGGCAGCUUUGACCCAUACAUGAACCCAUCCAGGGAAAUGAGAGUGAAAUUCGAAUUGUUAUUUUAUAUAAUUAUUAUUAUUAUUACUGGCAGCGAACCCGGGUACUCUACCAAUGUAGAUCAACAUUGUCAUUGUUAAACAUGCUUUAGCGGCAAAUAUAAAUCUUUCUGGUAAACGAUGUUGGCUGGGUUAAAUCAAACUCCAAACAGUAAAUAGUAAAAUCAAAUAAAUGAAAUUAAUCAACUGUAAAUAAACUUCAGUCCAAAUGUAAAACAAUGUUCACACAUUCAUUACGGGAGUCCCAUUUAUCCAACAGCAAGAUAAGAACAUACAGGUCUGUCAAGUCAUCUAUAAAUAUUGAGAAAUAUCUAACAUAUUGUAAAAACAAAGCUCAUAGGUCAAGUUUCUCAAAACUUCGUUGAAGUAAUCACAAACUAAAUACU